AUGGCGAACGAUACAUCAUCUGAUUCUGAUAAUGAAAUUAUCGGAGCACGAGUAAAGCUCUUCAGACAUGAAAAACCGAUACAUCAACUUCUUGGAGGAGGAAAAGUGGCAGAUAUGUUAUUAUGGAGGGACAGAAAUUUAUCAGCUGCGCUUUUGGGAGGGAUGACAGUGAUAUGGUUUCUAUUUGAGAUUGUUGAGUACAAUUUCGUGACUCUCCUUUGUCACAUUUCCAUCACCACCAUGCUUGUACUAUUCAUAUGGUCCACGGUUGCAGAUAUAUUAAAAUGGAAACCUCCCCAGAUUCCAGACAUUAUUUUACAGGAAUCUUUCUUCCAUGAACUUGCUUCAAUUCUGCACAGAAGAUUUAACCAGUUAUUACCAAUGCUCCUCCAUAUUUCAUGUGGAAUAGACCUGCCAAUCUUUCUUCUGAACAUUGUAUCCCUCUAUAUUCUGUCAGUGAUUGGAAGUUACUUCAGCUUUGUCAAUCUGCUAUAUAUCGGUUUCCUCUUUGUGCACACGCUGCCAAUUGUGUAUGAACGGUACGAGGAAGAAAUCAACAACUGGGUCAGCGAUAUGAUAAUAGUUCUGAGGAAAAACUAUAGGAGUUUUAACAAGAACUACCUCAACAAAAUUCCCAGAGGACCAGUGCAGGCAAAGAAAAGCCAAUAA